AUGCACCUCAUCCUUCCGGCAGUGGGCAUCGGUGUCUAUAUGGUUGCAAUUGAUCAGUUACUGACCGUAGCAACGUAUGCCAAGAUUGGAAACGAGCUGAACGCUCUCAACAACACCAGCUGGAUUGCCACAGCCUACUUCCUCACUCUCACAAGUUUCCAGCCUCUUUACGGCAAGCUCAGCGACAUCUUUGGCCGGAAGCCUUGCCUUCUCUUCGCUUACACCAUCUUUGCCGUCGGCUGCCUCGGCUGUGGUCUUGCACAGUCCAUGGUACAGUUGUGCGCCGCUCGAGCCGUUGCAGGCGUUGGUGGAGGUGGCAUGAACGCUGUGGUUUCUAUCCUUCUGAGCGACCUCGUGCCGCUGAGGGAGCGCGGGAUGUGGCAGGGUUGCAUCAACAUUCUCUGGGCUGCUGGGACGUCGACAGGAGCGCCUCUAGGAGGUCUGCUAGCUGACUCGGUUGGUUGGCGAUGGUCGUUCCUUGGACAAGUUCCACUUUGCUUUGUUGCCUUCGUCGCCGUCUACUUCGUCCUCGAUCUCCCACCGGUAUCGCACGACCACUGGCUCACCAAAGUACGCCAGAUUGACUUUCUAGGUGCCUUCACCCUCGUCAUCGCCGUAGUCGCCCUGCUUGCUGGCCUAGACUCUGGCUCUAACUUGGGCUGGUCACACAUCAUCACCAUCGUUGCGCUGUCUCUCGCCCCUGUCCUCUUCGGGCUCUUUCUCUUUGUUGAGAUGAAGGUCGCCUCGAAUCCAUUUGCUCCUGGGCACAUCAUCUUCGACCGCAGUUUGUUCGCGUGCUACCUGGUCAACUUCUUUGGUGUGGCGGGCCAGAUGGCAAUCCUCUUCUUCAUACCCCUGUUCUUCCAGGCCGUUCAGGGACUCACUGCUACUCAAAGCGGUGCAUUGCUUGUCCCGGGCAUGAUUGCUGGCGUGAUUGCCUCGCUCCUCGGUGGAUGGAUUAUCAAACGAACCGAAAAGUUCUACGCAAUUACUGUGUCUGCGUAUGCGCUAUUGUUCGUUGCAGCCCUGCCUCUGGGGUUGUCCGUUUGGUUCAGGUCAACCACUGGAGAGGUCAUUGGCCUGGUCGCCACUUCUCUUGGAGCUGGUUGUGGCAUCACAACGACACUUGUGGGUCUCUUGGCCAAUGCCGCUGUCGAAGACACAGCCGUUGUCGUUGCGUGUUCGUAUCUCUUCCGCUCUCUCGGCUCCAGCAUCGGUAUCAGCACUGGAUCUGCCGUCCUCCAACAGGUACUCCGAACCCAGCUGGCCUCCCGACUCCCCAACGGCGACGAGGCCCGUGAGAUAGAGGAGAAUGUGCGACAGAGCUUGGAUUAUAUCAAGGAACUCCCGCCUCACCUCGCCGCUCAGGUCCGUUCGAGCUACCAGGUGGCAACGCUUGGAGCUAUGGCGUUGAUCACGAUAUACCUUGGUGUAUCGUUCUUGACGGCAUUCUGGAUUAAGGAGCGACCCCUCAAAAGAUAUGAGGUCUAA